AAAAACCCCUCCGUGUUAAACCCCCCCAACCCACCUUUUCACAUUGGCAUCAGCUUCAUCAAUGGCGGACCAACCUGAAACCCCAACAAUGGAAACCCUAGACCCACAAACCCCUUCUCCCUCUUCUUCUUCUUCUACUAUUUCUUAUUCAAAGCCAACAAACCCAAGUGUUCAAAAUCAAAACCCUUCACCAAUGCCACCAUCACUGACAAGGCUAUGGAGACCAGCCGCGCAGCGAAAUCUCCGAAACCAGUGGUCCAAAUUGGUUUCCUGUAGGAAACAAUGGGUUUCUUCUUCUUCUAGUGGAAAGUCCCACGCUACCUCUCUCGUCAAUGCCCAUCUCUCUCAGAGAUACAUGCCUUCAAUGGAGCUGGGUGUUCUAAGUGACAUGCUCAAUAUAAGAAAGAAAGCGGGUCAGAAAUUGUUUAAGCAGCAGGAAACUUUUCAGAGCAAACUUUUAUCAUCAUACAAAGACAUGGUGGCUGCUGUAACUCAAAUGGUCAAUGCUAGCAAAUCCAUGAGAACUUUUCUCAAAGGGCCAAGCAAUAGUGCGCUUGUACAAUUUUCUAGCUUUUCUGGAGAUCAGAAUGACUCUGGAGAUGGUGGUGGAAUUCCAGUCUUUGCAUUUUGGUCAAUCUCUUCUCAUGAGCAAUUGGCAGAGGAGCUUGUUCAGAUGUUUAUAAUGGAACUAAAUUUGAAGGUAGUUGUAUUUUUCUUUGACCACAGGGAAAUUUUGUUUAAUUUGAACAUUUUCAGUUAUAUUUCUUCUUUAUCGAUAACUAGUAUUGUUUGGUCUGGGCAGCGGUUGCUGGUACUAGAGUUACUGUCUACUAGUUGUAACGAUCCACAGGUGAAUGGGUUGCAUUGGUCAGAUCAGCUUUAUCCAGGAGAAUUUGAUCAUUUGAGUAUGUGCAACCUUUUUUCUCAAGAAACUUGUGAGCCAGUCCCACCAAAAUUGAUGGAUUUGAAAUCUGAUGCAUCCACUGUACGAAGUAAUAACCAGCCAAACCCUGAGGUUUUGCAGGUACUGGAUUCAACAGUGUGUAUAACAAAAUAAUUUAAAAGGCAUGCAACUAGCCAUGUAAUACAUGUAUGAUAGAAAC